AAUGAAUAUGACUAUUCUACUUCACCCACCACCGCGGUAAAGCGUGGUCUUUCAUUAACGCGCUUCAUUCACAUUUUAUCUCCUUUUUUUUUCCACAUAAAAAAAUAGAGGAAAUUUUGGAUAGAUGCAUUAAAAAAAUAGAUCAAAUUUGUACAAUAAUACAAUUUCGGAGAAUCAUAACGCCUCGGAUUUCUCGGCUUCUCUCUCUCGCCAGAGUAAUCAUCUCCUUUGGAGUUCGGAUUGGUGAAAAUACACAUUUUGAUUUUGUAUAACUGAGGCAUUUGGAUUUUUUGUGUGUGGUGGAGGGAGGCUGCUGGUUCGCGAAGUUAGCUAAGCUUCUGCGAGCUUGGGAUCCUCUCUCAUUAAGAUUAUGAUAUGAGGUCUUGAUGAUUCUGUGACUGCAUCUGGUUUGUGAAAGGAAUUUUGUUGAUUGAUUAACACUGUGAUCAUGGGUGCUGCUUGUUGCUGCUUAAGGGAUGACUGGGAAGAUUUUGCUAACCCGAACAACUCGAUUUAUAGGAACUGUAUAUGCCUCCAUUGCUUCGUUCAGAAUUUCUUGUAUCUGUAUGCAUCACUGUUUCACAGAGGAGAAGAACGUGCCUUACCAUCGUCCUCUCAGGGGACAGCUUCUUUGAGUUCUUCAGCAUCGAUUGAUAACUCUCUACCUGAUAUGUUUCGCCCUCCUCCAAGACCUCUGCCUUAUGACGCAGAUCCAAGAUAUUUUCGCUUGCAGCGUGAUGGCCUGGUCUCUCGAAGGGAGAAAGGGUCAAGCCAUGCACAUGAGGAAACUGAACCGCUGCGAUCAAGCGAAGUUGAUGAAGAAUCUGAAUCUGUGAGUACCAAAAGCAAAUGGAAUGAAUUUACAUGUGAAGAAGCGUCGAAAGAGUAUAAUUCAAAAUCAUCACUAAAACUCUCAACAGCCAAACCAGCAAUAGGAUUUGCUCAUAUUUAUACUUCAUCAGAAGAUGAAGAUGUCUGCCCUACAUGCCUUGAAGAAUAUACUAAGGAAAAUCCAAAGAUACUUACACAAUGUUCUCACCAUUUCCAUCUUGGUUGUAUAUAUGAAUGGAUGGAAAGAAGUGAUAACUGCCCAGUCUGUGGCAAGGUAAUGCCUGAUCUUUCCAUUUUAUUUCUCUUAACAGUCAGUUGGUGUUGGCAUUAUUCAUUUUCUUGGCUGUUUUAAUAUUUCUGUACAUAACAUAUGGUUUUCAUUUAUAAGAAUGAUCACUAACUAUGCCUUUUAUGCAUUUGUAUUUGCCUGUGUUGGGAAGGACUGUAAGGUUGUACUGCUAGCAAUAUUCUUUCAAAUGUGUAAAGGGGGCCUGCAUGUUUUAUGUGGUAUGAAUGUCAGUUUAGGGCCCAAGUAAAGUUUUCCUAAUUAAAAGCUGCAACAUACUGUUUUUCUUUUUUUGGCCAUAUUUUUCUUUGGUUAAGUUAAGAGUGUCAUUGAUUAAGAAAAAUUCCAGUAUCAUUGGUUGUAACUCAUUUUUUCCCAAGGCUUCUAGCUGGAUAAUUAUCAUAAAUUCCAAAUGCAUGAAGAAUGCCCGAAGUAUUGUUCUUAGAUCUUCAUUUUGAUCGAACGAAGAGGGUUGUUUUAUGAAGUAUUUCCUUUGUUUUCUAAAUUUCUGGCUUUAUUGUGACCAUUUUGUUAAACAUGAUAUUGUCCCUUGAUGGUUCUGGAUGUGAAGUUCUUGGUUGGGGGGUGAGGGGCGGAGUAGACAAGAGUUAGAAAAGAUUUACAUAUAAGGGAGAUCUAUACUAAAUCCAUAAUUGUGGAGUUCUGGAAAGAAAAAUUGGAGAGAUUUUUUGCUUGUCUGCGGGUUGUGAAUUACGAAUUGCUUCAGUCGGUUCAGCCAACUUUGCCCGUAGUGAGACCAACAUAAUCCGAUAAAGCUUAUUGUGUAUGUUUGCUUUGAGUGGUAGCCUGUAUAGAUAAAAAUAAUAUAGUCGAAUCCACCAUAUACUUUGAUGUAUCAAACAAAAUUGAGCUUGUUGGAUACUUGGAUUUGUAAUCAUUCAAAUGCUCAAUCCUAUUUAUUGUAAAUCCAAUCCAUCACUGAAGGUAAAUACCCUCUUAAAUAUACCACAUGAUAUCUGGACAUUGGUGUUCUUGGUUUUGUGGCUAUCUGAUUUGAAUUUCACUGUAAAUAGAAAAUUUUGAGGUUUUAUAUAUAUAGGCACAUAUAUAGGUUUUAUGGGUUUUUAGAUGAGGUGAGAAUGGCCUUUUUAAGCGAGAACUAAACACACAUACACAACCUUCAUUAGUUGAUUGUCAAUCUUUUGCAUGUGUUACAUUUAUUUGUUCAUUCUGACCAUCUUUUGUUCCUAGAUUUUGUGUUUGUGCAAAUGUUGUUAGUUCUCACCAAAUGGAUGAUUCUCACUCCAUCCCAUCCCGGUUUUAUGUAUUUUGCAUGUAAGAUAAGAAUCGUUCCCUGUCUAAAAUUCUUCAAAAUUGUGAUAUUGGUCUCCGGACAACUUCAUCUCCCCCUCGUCAUCAUGUAACAUGAGCGCUGAUGUGUAACAAGAGCCUGCAACUAGCUGAAUAUAACAUUACUUGUUUGGAUUGGUAGGUGAUGGCAUUCGAUGAGACGACCUGAAGUAACUGGUCGUGGAUGAAACCUACCACCUACAACACAGAAGAAUACAGCUGAACCUCAAAAAAGUGUAAAAUCAUUGUAUAUAUGCUGAUGUGUAGCCAGAAAUGUGUGAUGCCUCUCUCUCUAUAUAUAUAUGCUGAUGGUGUUCAGCACAACAAUUUAGUAGUACAUCCAUCAUGUUCUUGCAGAUACUUGUGUUACCGUGCUUGUAUUUUUCACAGCUGCCAUUUUCAUUUGUUGGGGAAAUCCCUAUUCAAUUGGAGCACAUAUUUGCUAUUUGGAUUA